UCAAAAAUGCAACAAAUUACUGAAACUUUAAAGUAAAAGUGAAAACAUUAAAUAUAAAAAUCUAAUUCAAAAUCUUAACAAACACUAGUACUGAUACUAAAACAACAUUGUCUGAAAUAGCACUGAAGCUGGAUGACCUGUACUGUCACUGAACACACUGAUCUGCCCCUGAGGCAUUGACAUGUGGGUUAAUGAGGAAAAAAAGAAGCUGUGUAUUUCCUCACAUUACUUAUUCAGCACACAGACACACACGGAAGUGUAUACACACCCCAAACACACACAUUAUUAAUUAGGCAGUCUAUCAUGUUUCCACUGUGUUUGUUCCACUAACCUGGAGUUAAAGCAACAAAAGAUUACUUUCAAAGAGACUGGAAGACCUCAUCACUAAUUAAAAGUCAACUGAUAACAGCAUAGACCAAUCGGGUGAUGUCUGGGUGGGGCUUAAUUAGACGCAGCAGCUGAUUGGCUGUCAAAGUUUAGAAUAAAACCAUCAUCAGUUCUUUAAAGUGUCUGGAAGCUUCUUACCUAGAAAAACUGUUGAGUUUGUUUCGGUGCUAAUGUGGGGGUAACAAAAGGAGACUGGGCUUAGUUCGGAUCUGAGCCCAAAUCAAUGCAUCAUUUAGCAUGAUGAAUGCAAACGUCAGGCUAAUUGUGUUUCAUUGGAGCCGACGUGCGUCAGGCAUGAGAGGGUUUCAAAUGAGCAGAAAUUAAGCGAUACUCUGGAGUCUGUUUACCCUUAAAGCCAGUAGCCUGUUCUUUAACUAAACUCCAGUGAAUAACACCACCUCAGUUUUGUAAAGAAGUGGGUAAGAAAUACAGCAAACACACUUAAUGAACAUAUAUGAUCUUCUUUAACAUCUCUUCCUUAACUCAAACCUGUGAGUGUGUUAUUGACAUUCACAUUUUUUUAUUCAUUGUGUAUGUGUGUGUGUGUGUGUGUGAGAGAGAGAGAGAGAGAGAGAGAGAGAGUAGGGGAGUGAUGAUGGGCUGCUGAUAGCUGAGUGACUACAUCUGUAGAGAGAAGAUUCACACUCUGUUGACAAGAACAAAUGUGUUUGUUGUCAUAGUGACACAAGAUCUCAGAGCUAGAGAGAGAUGAGAGACAGAGCGAGCUCCUAAUUCUCACAUUCUGUUCUUCAAGUCAUACCUGUUGCCGAGCUGACUGCACUUCCAUUAAGAGAGAGAAUUUGGCUCUAUCAGAAUGGUUAAACAGACUCUCAGCUCCACACUGGACUCAGAUCUACCAGACGUCACAUCACUGAACUUGCUGGAUCAAGAAUCAGCUCCUAAGAAUAAAGCACACACUCCAGUCUUUCCUAAGGGCCCAAUGAGAAAAGUAUGUAUCCAGUCCCUUAAAAAAAGGGUCACUGCAGUGCCCACAGAAAGGAACAAGAUGAAGAGAGAGGGGAUGCCUUUGGGAUUCCCAGACUCUGUGUACAUUCAUGCUGCAGCUAUUUUCCAGAAAACUCUUGUGGAGAAGGACCUCGCACACCGACUCAUUCGCUAUAGGCGCACCAGUCCUAAAGGCGAUGAUAGUGAUGAUGUUGAAGAUUCUGGGAUUGUUAACAACAUUGAUUCCAACACCAAGAAGAAUGAGCACUGGGCAUAUGAGCUGGCGUUUAACACUCUGAAAUACCAAGAUCUACUGGAGGAGAUCCUGACUGACAGCUAUUUUUACCGUUCUCAGCAAAUGCCAGAUGAUCUUAUGGCUCUUGUGGUGGUCGUACUCUGUGACCUCCUGGACAGGAAGUUCCAGCCCAGAGAGCCAAUGAAAAGAGCUGAGGAGGGACUAAUAAAGGAAGUGAGACAGGUGGAGGACAGCCUUUGUAGGUUCAAGACCAAACUGGAAGCCUCACUGGCUCAGUACAGAAUAAAACAGAAUUUGGUGACAAUUGACAGUUUCCUGCCAACAGUUGUGAGGGUUAAACAACAAAGGUCACAAACAUUACCGCUCUAUGCCUGGGUCAACACCCUCAAAGCCAGCAUUGAAAAUGUGUGUGAGACUCUGAAGACAUCCGGCUUUACUCAGGUCAACUCACACACACCCUUGGUAGGAAAUGUGUUCUGUAAGGACAAACACUGUUCCAAUGUACUGCUGUUUCCCAGACAGCUCUCAAAUCAACUGGAGAAAAUCAACCUAGUGACAGAACACACACUCAUAAUACAGGAUAAAUCUCGCAGUCUGGCCGCAUGUGCGAUUCGCCCGCUGUUGGUGGAGAAUGGAGACGUUCUCAUGGUCGGAUCAUUCUCUGCUCUGACUGUGGCUCAUGUAGCUGUCCAGGCCGCUGCCUGUUCUGGCUUUGUACAUGUAUGUGGGGUCCUUAAUUUCUCCACCUUCAACAAUGAAUUACAAACCAUCCUCACCUCUACUGCCUGCAAAAAUGUGAAACUGAUGUCUGAGUACUUCAGUGAACUUAAUGAAUGGGAUUUGCGUAUUCAGAAGGUUCGGGUGAUUGUGUUGCUUCCAAAGUGUUCUGCGUCAGCACUUUGUAACCCUGUUGAGUUUAUCCUCAAUGAGAAUGGAGACAGAGGGCUGCUGCAUGGCUUAUCUAAAGGAAUCGUCUCUGAGAGUAAACUGGAGGCACUGGUUGCCAAGCAGAAACAAGACCUCAACUAUGCACUCACCUUUCCUAAGGUGAAAGCUGUGGUGUACUGCACAUGCUCAGUAAAUCCAGAGGAGAAUGAAAGACUUGUGAAGAGAGCGCUCGAGAACGCAGACAGCAAAGCAAAAGCUGUGCCCUUCAGGCUGGUCAGUGCAGGAUGGGAUGAUGAGGGAGAGAAGUUUUUCAGAACUCAAGCAUCUGACGUCACAAAUGGCUGUUUCCUCUGUGUGAUGAAAAGAGAGCAAGACCCAGCAGAGGUAGAAACUGUGCAGGAUAUUUUAGCACGAGCCGUUGCUAAAGGUUUGUUGGGUGGACUGCUCCCUCCUGACCCCGUGAAUGGAGAGAAACUGAAAAAGAGAAAAAAACAAAAAGGAUCCAAACCAAUUCUUCCGCCUUCCUCCCAGAUUGAGCCUCUUACAUCGGUGAUGAUCAGUCAGAGUCCUCCAGCUGACGAUGUGCUCAUCUAUACCAUCAUCCAGACAGCAGACGAUUCAAAUCACACUUCCAGAGUCCUGAAUGACAGUUCCACAAUCCUAGAUCAUGCUUCAAGUCAAAAAUCUGCAGUUAUGGAUGCCACAUCUAGCACUACAAAUCACUCCAGUGUUCUAAACCACUCAUCCAACAAUACAAAGCAGCCUUCUGUUGUGCAAAAGAAGCGACCAAAAGGUCAUAAGCCACGAGUUAAAGUUGCUAAGCAGUCCAAGAGAAAAAAGUCUAAGUCCCGCACUCGUAAAGAACGUCAGAGCAGGUCUCGACCUCCACGCAAGAAACUCCUGCCCCUUCGGCCAUCUCAACACACAACCAUUACCUCCAUUAAACCAACUCCACCUCAGAGCAAACCUGCUGCCAUCAGAACCCCACUGUCACUGCACAGAUUCAGACAUUUGUCUCAACGAGAGUCCGUUAAACCAAAAAUGGAAAUGAUCAAAUCAGAAGCCUUCAAGCUAGACAGGGAGGAAAACCUGUCAAGAGAGUUCAGUCUUCCUCCUGUUUAUCCGCUCAGUCCUUCACAUCCCUCUUCAUCCCCCUAUCGAUUGUACUCCUCCAUGUCUUCUAAUUUCUCCAGCAGUCUUUCCUCUUCUAGCAGCAUUGCCAAAGGCAGAGACUCCAUCAUCUGGCAUUGAGCUACAACCUGUUGUUCAUAAAUACACAUCCCGCGUGCUUCCGUGCAAAAGAAGAAUUGUAGUAAACAACAAUUUCAUCGCCAUUAAUAGCAAGGUACUGAUCUCAUAACUAAAACAGUAUAGUUGAUUAAAGGGAUAGUUCACCAAUUAAUUACUCACCCACAUGUCAUUUCAAACCCGUAACUUUGUUCAUCUUUGGAACACAAAUGAAUGAAAACCGAGAGCUUUCU